UGUUAUCUGCUUUACAAAAUAGUUUCGCCUACGCACGUCCUCCCUAGAUCGGUGUGCUAAACCGAUAGCCACACCAAAAUUUCAACGCCUUGCAGCACUUAAACCCUAAACCAAGGGCCUCUCUCUCUCUCUCUCUCUCUCUCUCUCUCUCUUUGCAGAGUCUUUCUCUUCUCCCUAUGAUUAAUCUUCCGGUUGCUUCAAUCUUCUCCUUCCUUCUUCUGUUGGUCUGGUUUAUAGUAAGAUCUGUGUACUACGUCAUCUGGGUUCCAUGGAGAAUCCAACUCCACUUCCAGAAACAAGGAAUAAGCGGCCCUACCUACCGUCCGAUCACCGGAAACACUACAGAGUAUCGUGAACUGAUCGGCGAGGCUCAAGCCAAGUCCAUGUCCUUCCAUCACAAGAUUGGUCAUAGGGUUAUUCCUCAUUACCACAAGUGGUCAGCCAUCUAUGGCAACACUUUUCUGUAUUGGUUUGGUUGGAGACCUCGUCUUGCUAUCUCUGACCCUGAAAUGAUCAAAGAGGUGCUUCUUAAUACCAGUGGCUCAUUUGAGAAGGUUCAGUUCAAUCCUCUCUCUAAACAGCUUAUGGGAGAUGGGCUUGUUGGAUUGGAAGGUGAGAUGUGGUUGAGACACAGGAAGAUCACAAACCAGGCCUUCACCUUGGAAAGAGUAAAGGGCUGGGUGCCAGAAAUCGUGGCCAGCACUUUGAAAAUGUUGGAUCAAUGGGAAGAAAAGAGGGGAGGAAGAGAAGAGUUUGAGAUUGAUGUGCACAAAGAGCUUCAUAAUCUCACUGCUGACAUCAUUUCAAGAACAGCUUUUGGGAGUAGCUAUGAUCAAGGGAAGCACAUCUUCCAAUUGCAAGAGGAGCAAAUGCACCUUGUCUCACAAGCUCUUAGAAGCCCUUACCUUCCAGGGUUCAGGUUUGUGCCUACAAAGAAAAACAGAAUGAGAUGGGCAUUGGAAAGGGAGAUUCGAGAAUCAUUAAGGAGGCUAAUUAAGAUUAACAGUGAAACCAAUGGAUACUCAAGAAAUCUACUUGGGUUAAUGAUGUCGGCGAGAAAGAAUGAGGAAGAAGAAGAAGAUGGAUUAGGGGAGGAAGAAAUCAUAGAUGAGUGUAAGACAUUUUACUUUGCAGGGAAGGAAACAAGUGCUAACCUUUUGACAUGGGCGCUUCUACUUCUAGCACUGCACCAAGAAUGGCAGAUAAAAGCACGUGAAGAGAUAGAUCUUAUCUGCAGUGCCAGUGCCACGGGCCUUCCAACUGCAGAGAAUUUGAGUGAUCUCAAGAUGGUAAGUAUGAUACUAAACGAAACACUCCGUCUCUACCCUCCGGCCGUUAUGCUGAUGCGCCAGACAAACAAAGAUGUUAAGUUAGGAUCUCUUAAAAUUCCGGCGGCCACACAACUCUAUCUAGCCAUGACCGCCGUGCAUCACGACGUCGAGAUAUGGGGUGAAGAUGCUGAGAUGUUUAAUCCCCUAAGGUUCAAAGAUCAAAGGAAGCAUCUAGCUUCAUUCUUCCCUUUUGAACUUGGUCACAGGAUCUGUGUAGGUCAGAAUUUAGCUUUGGUUGAGACCAAAAUUAUUUUAGCAAUUUUAAUCCAUAAAUUUUCUUUUAUUGUAUCUCCAUUAUAUGUCCACGCCCCUAUGCAGUUUAUGACACUGCAACCUCAAUAUGGUGCUCAGAUUCUCUUUAGAAAGAGAUGAUUUAAUUACUUGUAUGGUGACUUUGAAAUGUAUCAAAACCCUAUAUAUGAGAAUGUGGACUUUGUUUUCA